UCACUCUUUCUACGCAAUCUACCCUUUGAUGCCACACGACACGAUUUGUUUCAAGUCUUUCGCACUUUUGGUUUCGUCAGUGGCAUCUACAUUGUCAAGGACAAAGAAACGGGUAUGCCCAAGGGAACCGCCUUUGUCACGUUUCGGGAGAAUGCCGGUGCCCAAAGUGCGUUGGAC